CCAGUGGUUUGGGGGUAAAACGGACUGGAGCGUGCGUGGACGCGUGGGACUUUCACUGCAUCACCAUAAGAAAUGCCUUCCUUAAUGAUGUGUUGAAGUGAUGCAAGUUUAUUUUUCACUAGAACAUAAAGAAAGUGUGUGAUUUCAGGUGAAAAAACGGCGUGUAAAGUGAAUUUGUAAUCCGUCAAGGCCGUGCGUAAAAAUCGAGGAAGGAUCGUGGAUGAUGAUGUGGCGCUCGUGCGUUUUGGUGUUCGCGAGCGCCUUGGCGGUGAGCGCUCAGUUCCCUAGGGAGUGCGUGACGGUGGAGGGACUCAGGAGCGGGCAGUGCUGCCCCUCACCGCCGGGAUUCGUUGACGACCCGUGCGGGUUCAGCGCGGGGCGCGGCCAGUGCGUUUCCCUCACGGUAGACGCGCGCCCCCACGGGCCGCAGUACCCACACGACGGGCGGGACGACCGGGAGCGGUGGCCCGUCCGCUUCUUCAACCGAACCUGCCAGUGCAACGGAAACUUCAGCGGGUUUAACUGCGGCCGCUGCAGACACGGACUGACGGGGCCCAACUGUGACCAGCGCGUCUCCGUGGUGAGGAGAGACGUAAUGCGCCUCAGCGCAGACGAGAAGCGCGCCUUCGUGAGCGCUCUGGACCAGGCCAAGCGCACGGUGCACCCCGAUCUGGUGAUUGCCACUCGGCACUACUCGGACGUCUUCGGGCCCGGCGGCGACAGCCCGCAGUUCGAAAACGUCACCAUUUACAACUACUUCGUUUGGACUCACUACUACUCCGUCAGCAAGACCUUCCUGGGAGCGGGACAAGCCAGCUUUGGAGGCGUGGACUUCUCGCACGAAGGCCCGGGCUUUGUGACGUGGCACAGGUACCACCUGCUGCAGUUGGAGCGCGACAUGCAGGACAUGUUACAAGACCCCUCCUUCGCCCUGCCCUACUGGAACUUCGCCAUCGGUGGAAACACGUGCGACAUCUGCACAGAUGACCUCAUGGGGGCCAGGAGCACUUUUGACUCCAACUCCCUGAGUUCCAACUCCAUCUUUUCCCAGUGGAGGGUCGUCUGCGAGAGUGUGGAAGACUACGACACGCUUGGGACCAUCUGCAACAGCACGGAGACGUCUCCCAUAAGACGAAACCCAGCAGGAAACGUCAACAGGCCCAUGGUGCAGCGGCUACCGGAGCCCCAGGAUGUGGCGGACUGCCUGCAGGUCAACACGUUUGACACUCCGCCCUACUACUCCACCUCCUCUGAGAGCUUUAGGAACACCGUCGAAGGCUACAGCGCCCCCAAGGGAAACUACGACCCCGUGGUGAGGAGCCUCCAUAACCUGGCCCAUUUGUUCCUGAAUGGGACAGGCGGCCAGACACACCUGUCUCCCAACGACCCCAUCUUUGUCCUGCUCCACACCUACACUGACGCCAUAUUUGACGAGUGGUUGAGAAGACACGGACCAGACGUAGCUGCGUAUCCCGAUGAGAACGCUCCCAUCGGUCACAACAGGGGCUACAACAUGGUGCCAUUCUGGCCUCCGGUGACGAACUCCGAGAUGUUUGUAACCGCCCCAGAUAACCUGGGUUAUUCCUAUGAAGCCGAGUGGCCUGGACAACCGUUCACUCUGACUGAAAUCAUAACCAUGGCGAUCGUUGCCGCCCUCGUGGUGGUGGCGGUCAUUUUCGCUGCCACUACAUGUGCCGUGCGUGCCAGGUCUUACAAGAUGGAAGGACACCAGCCUCUGCUCGGGGACCAGUACCAGCGGUACGACGACGACAAGAGCCAAUCUGUAGUCUAAGCACCUCCAAGAACAAAAGCCUCAAACAUGUGCCUUUAAUGUUUUUUUUAAUUAUUAUUUUAAAUACCGCAGCAGAGAGUCAACCUUUUCAAACUUGUCAAAGACUGAAAAAAAAAAACUCUUUUAUGGCACUUACCUGAAUUCAUUUUCAUGUGAUAGAGCUGUGGUGCCCACAAGGUGGCGCAGUUACUCAAUUUGUGAACCUGUGGAGAAGCAUUACUACACUACAUGCUUUUUUUCUCCUUUUUUUAUAAAGUAUGUCAAUAAACUUCUGACUGCAUCUGAAUUUACAUAUUACAAACAGCAAAAAUAAAUAAAAGAUGAUUUAACCAGA